AUGCUCCGAGGCACGCCAGGACUAGGCCUCAGGGGUCUGAAGCGGGGUGAGAAUUCUGUGGAGGACUUGGGGCACUCCUGCCCGGAGGCUGGCAAGAAUUUUGGAGUGCUGAGGCGCAGCCUGGAUGAGGCAGAAGAGGCAGCUGGCAGAAAGCGCGAGCGGCCCGCACGGUCCAAGGCUCGGCGCAUGGCGGCCAACGUGCGGGAGCGCAAGCGCAUCCUGGAUUACAACGAGGCGUUCAACGCGCUGCGCAGGGCGCUGCAGCACGACCUGGGCGGCAAGAGGCUCUCCAAGAUCGCCACGCUGCGCAGGGCCAUCCACCGCAUCACAGCUCUCUCCUUGGUCCUGCGCGCCAGCCCGGCGCCCCGCUGGCCCUGCGGCCACCUGGAGUGUCACGGCCAGGCUUCCCACGGCUCGAGCUCGGGGGACUCCAGCUUCAGUGUUCCGCGGUCUGCGCCGUCCCCUGCAGCGCCUACCCUAGCGCGCAGGGACAUCGCCAGCCCCUUAGUGCCUCCUGCACAGCGCUGCGCUUCGUGCUCCCCACACGCGCACUUGGGGCGGUCUAGAGUGAUGGCCGAAGUGCCUAGUUUGGCCCAAGCUUCUGGGGGAAGCUGGCGCCGAUGUCCUGGGCCUCCCCCUGUUGGACCGGUUCCAUGGCGGUGGGGUUCUGGGCUGGGCUACCAGCACUCCUGA